UCGGUCAGCACCGCCCGCUCGGGGCGGUCCCAGCCCACCGGGAGGGGAUAAAAGCCGGGCAGGGAGCGGGGCCGGGGGAGCCGGGCAGGAUGAGCGCGGCUCCAGGUGCCCCCCGAGCCCCACAGCCGCUGCUCCGCUUCCCCGAUGGGGCGGGCGGUUCUGCGGCGGGGACAGAGAACCGAGCUCCGGGUCCGUGCUCCUGCCCGGGGGGACCGAGGAAGAGGCGACGGACCACGUUCAGCCGGGGGCAGCUGUCAGAACUGGAGCGGGCCUUCGCCGCUGUGCCCUACCCGGACAUCGCCACCCGAGAGCGCCUGGCUGAGCUCACGCAGCUGCCUGAGGCCAAGAUCCAGGUCUGGUUCCAGAACCGCCGUGCUCGCAGGAUCCGCAGCACCAAACCGGAGCCACCACCAUCACCGCCACCAGGGGACCAGGAUCCGCCCGUGGUGACCCCCGAAAGCACCAUCCCAUUCCCCACGUUGCCACCAUCGGGAGCCCACAGCCCUGCAUGGGGCCUCCCCACCUCGCUGGGCUCUAUCUCUGACCUUAUCUACAGCGCAGCCAUCACCAAUCUGGGCGAGCCGUAAGCGGGGUGUACUGGGGCUUAAUGCCCUGACUUCAUUAGGGUGUGCAAUUACUGCUUGUCCAGCGGUUCCUACAACAUCCAUCCAAUAUCCUAAAUGCUGGUUGCGGCCGUGACGGGGCCAGCUCCCAAUCAGCCCCCCUAAUACCGACUAAUCUUUUAGGAAAAAUACCUUAAUCUGAGGCAGGAUCUGCAGAUGAUUGUGGCGUGGCCUCCCUUAAUCCUCAGGCACGUUCGCAGGUGCCGGCAGAUUUCCCCCGUAUCGGAUAUUAAAGCGUGUUCACAGAGGGGCUUAAAUGCCAUCAGAGCAUUAAUCACCGUGUCCAGCUCUGGCAUAGCGCCCACCCUGCAGGUGUCUGGGUCCCCUGGGCCCAGCAGAGCCCCCUCCCCACUGUAUGGCCAUAGGGGGCACUAAGCGAGCUCUGCUCUCUGCUCAAUGGCAGCCGAGAAGCACCCAGGCUCUUUUUGGAGCUGCUUUCCCUCCUCAGCCAGAGAAAAUGGGUUUGGUAUGAGGUGUGCAGAGGGUAGGACUGCUGCUGGGACACUGGGUGUUAUCCUGAACAGACCUGUGUGGAGGACAACCAUCUCUACGUACUGCCAAGCCGACCAUGAGUGAGUACUGCUCUCCCUAAAAGAGGUAGGAGACCAGGUGGGAGCA